AUGGCAUCUAAAUCAAAGUCAGAUAAAACGGAUAAGUCUGAGAAACAGCUGGCCGCGGAAAAAGAGCAGUUCGUUAAACUUCAGCUCCAGAGCGUCAGUAAAUGCAUCACGACGGCGGAGACGCCGCUAAAGGAGAAAUACGCACGCAGGAUUAUACUGGGCACCCACACAGAGAGUGGGGCUGUGACCUUCUGGUCCCAUGCUGUCAGUUUGCCACUGUCCAGCAAUGCCAUCCUCAGCUGGAAGUACUGUCACAUGGUUCACAAGCUCUUACGUGAUGGCCACCCUAAUACCCUCCGAGACACCCGUGGUCACGCUCCUAGUAUUAAACAAAUGGGAACGUUGUGGGGAAACCUGCAUGAUCGCUAUGGCCAUAUAGUAGCUCUUUAUGCCAAGCUGCUGUGUAUUAAAAUUGACUUCCAUGUGAAGCACUCUGAAAUCCCACCCAAUCUAGAAGCUCCUGAAGAGGUUCUUGAGAGGGCCAUUGCAACAGACAUCAACAAAGUGUUUGAAACAACUCUAGAGGUGCUUGAUUACAUGGAUGCUGCAUUAAAGUUGGAAGACACAGUUUUCCGACAGCUGGAGUCAAACAAAACCAGUUCAACCACAGCGGUGGGACAGUGCCGUCUGGCCCCCCUGGUUUUGGUCAUCCAGGACUGCGGUCCUCUCUAUCACUUCCUGGUCAAACUCCUCUUCAAACUACACAGCCGUGUACAGGUGGACACGCUGCUGGAGCAGAGGGAACGAUUCCGAGACCAGUUCGAUGGCCUUACAAAGUUCUUUGAAAAAGCCAGAGGGAUCGAGUUUUUUAAAACAAUCAUCCAGAUUCCAGAGCUCCCGGAUUCGCCUCCAAACUUCCUGCGUGCGGCCUCGUUGGCCGACCACGUGAAACCUGUGGUGGUCCAGAACGAGCAGCCGCUGUACGAUGACGACGCAGAGACACAGAUAGACGGCAGUGAAAUGGGUUAUCCUAUGCAUUACGGAUUCAAUCCAUUCUCUGACAUGACUAAUGAUAUCCCUUUUCAGAGGGAAACGGAGACCGACUCUGUGAGGAAGGAACUUGAAGCGUUGAAACCGGAGCUCCACCAGGUCAAAAUUGAGGCUCAGCAUGCCGUAACCCACUUGAAGGCUCAGGUGUCAAAGCUGGAGGACGACCUGGAGGACCAGCGGACUCAUAAACAGAUGGCCCUGGUGGAGAACGAGCGGCUGCGGAUGGAGGUGGAGGCCCUGAGGGUUCAGAACGCUGUCAGCGUCAGCUCCCAGGCCAGCGUGGAGGAGGCCGGCAGUAGAGCACAGGCUGCACAGAUGCAUUUUACCAAGCUGAAGGAGAAACAUGCUGAGCUUGUCUCCAGACAUGCUGAUCUAAUGAGAAAGAACACAGAGACGGUGAAGUUGCUGUCCAGCAGUCAGCAGGCCCAGGAGGAGCUGGUCAAGGCCAGACAGCAGAUGGCAGCAGAGCUUGAGCAGCUCAGACGGGGGAACAGCACACAGGCAGAUUCGCAGAGAUUAGAGAUUGAGCGACUGAAGCGUGAGGUGGAGAAGGGGAGAGCUGAGCUGGCGCAGGUGCAAGGCACUCUCCACAGUAAAGAGACGGCGGGUGACCAGUUGAGCAGUGUGUUAGUGGGACUGCAGGCUGAGAAGGAGAGACUCUUGCAGACGAUUCGAGAGCAGGAGGCUGAGCUGGCCAACCUGCGACAAGCGGCUCAGCUUCACCAGACCUCGCUGCAGCAGGAGAGAGAGAGGAGUCAGAGAGAGAUCGCUGCAUUACAGGGCCAACUACAAGAGAAGUCGCGCCUUGCGGAGGAGCAGAGGUUGGAGAUUGACAGACUGAAGAGAGAGUUAGAGGAGAGAAGAGCUGAGGCAUUCACUGCACAGAGUGCCCUGCAGAGUAAAGAGACGGCGGGAGACCAGUUGAGCAGUGUGUUAGUGGGCCUGCAGGCGGAGAAGGAGGUGCUGCUCCGAUCGGUGAGAGAGCAGGAGGCUGAGCUUUUUAACCUGCGGCAGACGGCUCAGCUGCACCAGGCCACUCUGCAGCAGGAGAGAGAGAAGAGCCAGAGAGAAGUGGGGACUCUGCAGAACCAGCUCCAGGCCAAGUUGGCUCGGGAGACUGUGCUGCAGCAGAAGCUUCAGGAUGAGCAGUUUGCGCUCCUGCAGUGUGCUGUGGUGGAGGCUGAGGGGAUUAUACUGGACGCUGUGGCCAAACUGGACGACCCCAUCCAUGUGCGCUGCACAAGCUCACCAGACUAUUUGAUCAACCGGGCGGAGACAACUUUGGUUUCCAUUGACAAGAUGCAGCAGAGUCAGACAUGUUACCUGAGGAACAUGGAUGACGCCAGCGGCCUGCUCAGGUCCGUCACCCAGUUCUCCCACUUGGUCGCAGACACUAUUGUCAAUGGAGCAGCCACAUCCCACUCCGCACCCACUGACCAAGCUGACCGUCUGACUGACAACUGCAGAGACUGCGCCACUCACUGCCUCCAGUUCCUCAAAGAGCUGAAGCUCAAGCCCACGCUGCUGAGGGCCGACCCCACCGCCAUCCGCUACGUGGUCCAGCGAAUCCUCAGUCAGGGCCAGGAACUGAGACCCAAAGGUGCUGAUGUUCGACAGGAGGAACUGGGUGACAUGGUGGACAAGGAAAUGGCGGCCACCUCCACUGCCAUCGAGGAGGCCGUGCUGAGGAUGGACGAAAUUUUGAACCAGGCAAGGAGAGAUACGUCUGGGUUGAAGCUUGAGGUUAAUCAGAGCAUCAUUGGCUCUUGCUCUGAUCUGAUGAAGGCGAUCCACAUGUUGGUGACGGCCGCCACGGAUUUGCAGAAGGACAUUGUGGAAAGUGGCAGGGGAGCUGCCUCUGUUAAAGAAUUCUACGCCAAAAACUCACGCUGGACCGAGGGUCUCAUCUCUGCCUCCAAAGCCGUGGGAUGGGGAGCCACACAGAUGCUGGACUCGGCUGAUAAAGUGGUGACAGACAGAGGGAAAUAUGAGGAGCUGAUAGUGUGUUCCCACGAGAUCGCCGCCAGCACCGCACAGCUCGUCGCAGCGUCAAAGGUGAAAGCAGACCGCAGUAAUAAGAAACUCCAGACGCUGCAGCAGGCCUCUCGUCACGUCAACGACAUGGCUGCUGUUGUCGUAACUUCCACAAAGGCUGGCCAGAUGCGUUUCGAGGACCACAAAGCUCUGGACUUCUCCAAUAUAUCGCUGAUCAAACUGAAGACAGAAGAAAUGGAGUCUCAGGUGAAGGUACUGGAACUGGAGAGUCGUUUGGCGAGCGAGCGUGUUCGCCUCGGGGAGCUGAGGAAAAAACACUACGAGCUGUCGGGAAUUCCUACGGACCUGUCAGCCAACACGAAGACGGAGAGCUUCGCCAGCGCUCUGCCUUCUACAUCACCUGACCUACCCUGGCCCGAACCACCUCCACCCGAAAUGCUCUGGCCUGAAGCACCGCUGCCCGAACCCCCCAAACCAGAGCCAACGAAAACCACAUCCUCAGUGAGGUCCAUCUUCCAGAAGCCUGGUACCCUCCUCAGAAAUGCGUAUCGUUAUUCAUUCAUGUUGCAGUUACUGCGUAAAAUAAUCUCUUAA